AUGGAGAAUCAAAAUGUUCCUGAUGACAAAAAACAAAGAAAGCCCUUAAUGGAGAAAAAAAGAAGGGCACGUAUCAACGAAAGCCUAGAAAACCUCAAGCAAAUCCUGCUAGAAUGUGACCCGCAGUGUGUUGGAAAAAAGAGUGCUAAACUGGAAAAAGCUGACAUCCUGGAAAUGACUGUAAGUUACUUACAAACUAUGAGAAAACCACAGUCUUCUCAUUACCACCAGUCUACAAACUAUGGAAGUUAUUCGUCCCAGAAAUACAGCAGCCAGAGUUACGUUACUGUUUCUUCAAAGAGUGGAAAUGUGGGACAGUAUUGUUAUGGAGGCAGUUCCAGCAGUUAUUCCAAAAGCUAUUCGAGUUCGAGCUAUUCGUCGCAAAAAGGUUCCAGUGAUAAAAAUGGAAUUUGGAGACCAUGGUAA